AUGUCGUUGACGCGCGUGUCUUUUACAACGAUCAUAUUCUCUUACGGCAAGUCAAAGCCGUGCGAACAAAUCUUUUGCAUUGUGCGCGUUAGAAAUAAUUAUGUGUCAACUUCAUUAUUUCUCAUAGCCUGUUCAUAUCUAUCAUACUCUAUUGAUAAGCAUCUAUCUAUCUAUCUAUCUAUCUAUCUAUCUAUCUAUCUAUCUAUCAUCUAUCUAUCAUACCCUGUUCACAUCUAUCUAUCAUAUCCUGUUACUGUCUAUCAUACACUGUUCAUAUCUAUCUAUCUAUCUAUCUAUCUAUCUAUCUAUCUAUCUAUCUAUCUAUCUAGCCUUAUCUAUCUAUCUAUCUAUAUAUCUAUCUAUCUAUCUAUCAUAUCCUGUUCACAUCUAUCUAUCAUAUCCUUCUGUUCAUAUCUAUCUAUCAUAUCCUGUUCCUAUCUAUCAUACGCUGUUCAUAUCUAUCUAUCUAUCUAUCUAUCUAUCUAUCUAUCUAUCUAA